AGCAGAGAUGGCUCAUGGUUGAACAAGUAUUUAGUCAGACGCGGCAUGGAGAAAGCAAAGUAUGCAGAGCACGAAACACAGUGGCCACCAUUGAGCGAGGUGCGCAAGAGUUUGCGAGUACAGUGGUAUCGCUGCCCCGUGGAUCGAGACGUAUUCGCCAAGCUGACGGAACGCAGCGACAAGAAAGGGUUCUUCCAGGCUUUGGGACACCUUGCCAUCUGGAUGGUCACGGGCACGAUCGUAUCUACUGGCCGUCGGCCCAUCCCUGCAACGCGCCUGGGUUGUAUGUCAGAGGCCGGGUGCCUGUGUGAGGCCUCUCGGUCGCCUCAUGGAAGCGGCUUUGGGGUGUAUUGGGGGCCUCGAUCAUGCAGGAUCUUGCAGGAUCCUUCUCAUUGACCCGGGCUUGAGUGCAGGAUCUUGCAGGACUAUGCAAGGCUUGACUGACCCGGUCUAGAUUGACCCGGGUCAGAAGAUCCCCGAGGCUGUGGGGCCCCUUUUCAAGAAUACUUACAAUAUUCAACACAGAGAAUCCCAAGAGACCUGACCACUCUACUGUGCCUCGAGGCACGGUGGUGGAUAUGGGUGUUGGCAGCAACAUGUGUACGUGGCCAUGGUUGUGGCCAUGUUUGCGCAUGGCACCGUGGGAAGUGCCUUCAUUUUUGGCUGCCACGAACUCGGACACGGCACCGUAUUCAAGACGAGGUGGUUGAACCGAUUUUUCCUUUACAUCUUCAGCGUAUUGUGGUGGUGGGACCCGAUCGACUAUGCUAUGAGCCACACCUACCACCAUCGUUACACGGAGUAUGCGAAGGGCGACCGUGAGAAUUUGUUUCCUUUGGAGCCGUCUCUCAAUCCAACUCUAUUGUUGCAACUUUUCUCCGUGGACCUUUUUGGAACUCCUGGGCGAGUCUUCGGGAAAGGUGGUCUGCUUUCAACCGUGAAACUUACAUUUAAAGCAGCAUGUGGAGGGAUCGCAUCAGAGCCUUAUGCCCCUUCUCAUGAAUGGUUGCAGACGUUGCAUAAGGACCAGCCACAUGAGGCCCUGAAGUCGAUGUGGUUCAGUCAGUGCAUCGUCAUAUUUCAUGUUUCCGUCUUUGCAGCUUCCAUCGUAUCAGGUCAGUGGAUUUUCAUUUUGAUCGUGAACUUUCAUAAGUUCUGUGCUAUGUGGCUGACUUACUUCAUGGGCCAAACGCAACACAUAGGAUUGAAAUCGGAUAGCCCCGACUUCCGCAAGAACACUCGCACCAUCACGCUCGAUCCCGUCUCUGAGUUUCUGUAUUGGCACAUGAACUGGCACAUCGAGCAUCACAUGUUUGCAGGCGUGCCCUGCUACAAUCUCAGAGCUUUGCAUGAAGAAGUCUCAUUGGAUAUGCCUGCACCCCGUACCCUUCUUGGUGCAUGGCGCGAAAUGCGUGAGACAUGGCAUCGUCAGCAAGCCGAUCCCGAGUACGAGUUCGAUACGCCUCUUCCAGAGUUUGCUGGCUCGAGUGCCAAAGCUGUAAACCUAGCAUCAGAGGAGCAAAGUGGGUUCAUUGGAGACUUGGCCCCAACAGGACUCGCAGAUGCGGAGAUGUUCGUAGGCGACAAAAGUCUAUAGUUGGCGUUGCGUUGCAGAGGCCGCUCCUCUCAGCUCAUCGGCCUCGUGAUUGAGAUAGGCCUCGCGAUUGAGCGGCCAAUACAGAGGCAGCUCGGUUAUUUGAGGCUUCGUGUUUCGCUCACGCCCUACAUCGGGAGGGAUGAGAAGUAUCAGUGGCACGCGCGUCGUCAUUCAAGCUGUGCGCGCUCACCACUCGCCACUCCACAGCGCUCUUGCUGUGCAGCCCCCGAGUAUACAUCUGCAGCGGUGACACGCCGAUGGGGGCUGUCCGACCGGCGUGAUGGUGAUGCUGGCUUUGCUCUCCGAGCACCGCCGCAGCACGCCGUGCGCCCAGCUGGCAGGAGGAGGCCACGCACCGCGGCCGGCCCCCCGCGGUCGUGGCUGGCCACCUCCAGGCACGGAGCGGCCGGCGCCGGGGGCGAGGGCCAGGCCCGCCUUCGUGGAUUCGCCCGCUCGGCCCACGUUGCCCAGAGGGGCUGGGCGGGCAGUCGGGGGGGCCAGCCCAGGGUCUCAGCCCAGGCUCAGCAUCGUCUGACCCAUCCCCAUGCCCACUGCGCCGAGGUAUAGCUCCGCCCCAGCAGCCCGCCCCCACGGGUGGAGUGGUGCUCCGCGAAGCCGCGAAGCCCGGACGGCUCAGCAUAAUUGUAUUCCCACCUGGAGGGGCCAGUCGGCCAGAGGGGCCAAGGCCAUUCCCAGUGCGGAGAGGGGUCUGUUAAGCGAUUGCAUAGACCUGCGUCGAAGAAUGAGGGUCUGUGCCGUGCCUGCGCGCUCACGAGAAUGAGUGCCGCUCUCUGGUCAGAGCGUGGGCAGCCAGCCAUCAUUGUCUGUUCCACCGUUCGGCCUUCCACCCAACACCGUGCUCACGACGAUGACG